GCGUCCGAAAAAUUGGAUUUAAGAGAGAGAGAGAAGAAAGAAAGAAAGAAAGAAAGGGGUGAAGAGUGAGAAAGAAGUGUCUGCAAAAGAGCUUUGACUAUUCUCUCUCGAAAUCCAUAUUCGUUUUCAAAUUCUUUACCUUCUCGAAACCUUUCAUUUCUGGCAUUUAAGUCAAACCUCAUCCUCUACUUCUUCCAAAAAAAAAAAACCUUCUAGGUUUUCCACGGGAUUCCUUCUCAGCUCCUGAGAAAAUCACCACGAGAUUCCCAGAUUUGAUUCCCGUCCAAAUCUAUUGAUAGAAAGUAGGGAAAUUUUGUAAAAAGAUUUGAGGGUUUGCUUAAUGGGAAAUUGUUGUGCAACGCCGAGCACUCCUUCCCGGAACGACCGGAAGAACAAGAAGAAACCUAAUCCCUUUGCGGGCGAUUAUGGUGUUGGUAAUGAAAAUGGAAGUGGGAACAAGCUCUGGGUCUUGAAAGACCCGACGGGUCGAGACAUUUCGGAGCAGUACGAUCUGGGUCGGGAGCUCGGGAGAGGCGAAUUUGGGAUCACGUAUCUGUGCAUGGAUGUUUCCACGGGCGAAAAGUUUGCUUGCAAAUCGAUAUCAAAGAAGAAGCUGAGGACUUCGGUGGAUAUCGAUGAUGUAAGGCGAGAAGUUGAGAUUAUGAAACACUUGCGAAAUCACCAGAACAUUGUGUCAUUGAAGGACACAUUCGAGGACGAAAGUGCAGUUCACAUUGUUAUGGAAUUGUGUGAGGGAGGCGAGUUGUUUGAUCGCAUUGUCGCGAGAGGGCAUUACACGGAAAGAGCGGCUGCAGCUGUUAUGAAGACAAUUGUUGAAGUUGUUCAGAAUUGUCAUGAACAUGGAGUGAUGCAUCGUGAUCUGAAACCUGAGAACUUUCUGUUUGCAAAUAAGAAGGAAAAUUCCCCAUUAAAGGCAAUUGAUUUUGGGUUGUCGGUGUUCUUUAAACCCGGUGAACGAUUUAAUGAGAUAGUGGGAAGUCCUUACUACAUGGCUCCAGAGGUUCUGAAACGGAACUAUGGUCCUGAGGUGGACGUUUGGAGUGCCGGAGUUGUCCUGUACAUAUUGCUUUGUGGUGUUCCUCCUUUUUGGGCAGAAACUGAACAAGGGGUAGCACAGGCAAUUAUUCGCUCAGUCAUUGAUUUUAAGAGGGAUCCAUGGCCUAGAGUCUCUGAUAAUGCGAAAGAUCUUGUUAAGAAAAUGCUUGAUCCAGAUCCAAAACGGCGACUUACAGCUCAGGAAGUACUUGAGCAUCCAUGGUUACAAAAUGCCAAAAAAGCUCCAAAUGUCUCACUGGGCGAGACAGUGAGAGCAAGGCUCAAACAAUUUUCUGUCAUGAACAAGCUCAAAAAACGAGCUUUAGGGGUCAUAGCUGAACAUUUGUCAGUUGAGGAAGUGGCUGGCAUAAAGGAGGCAUUUGACACGAUAGACAUCGGUAAGAAAGGCAAGGUAAAUCUUGAGGAGCUUAGAAUUGGCUUGCUCAAGCUUGGCCAGCAGAUUCCUGACCCGGAUCUUCAGAUCCUAAUGGAUUCUGCUGAUGUUGAUGGAGAUGGAACUCUAAACUAUGGAGAGUUUGUUGCGGUUUCAGUUCAUUUGAGAAGAAUGGCUAAUGAUGAGCAUCUUCAUAAAGCUUUUGCAUACUUUGAUCAAAACCGUAGUGGUUACAUAGAAAUUGAAGAGCUACGGAAUGCUUUAAAUGAUGAAGUUGACAGCAGUAGCGAGGAAGUCGUCAGUGCCAUAAUGCAUGAUGUGGACACAGAUAAGGAUGGGAGAAUAAGUUACGAGGAGUUUGCUGCUAUGAUGAAAGCUGGUACAGAUUGGAGAAAAGCAUCUCGUCAGUACUCGCGGGAAAGAUUUAACAGCCUCAGCUUGAAGUUGAUGAGGGACGGCUCUUUACAAUUAACCAACGAGGGUAGAUAAACCAACACUUGUCAGAAAUCGAAUGACGCUAAAAAUCAGAAGAAUUUCUUUAUUUUUAUUGGUUUUAUGAAAUUGUUGUAUUAUUAUUAUUAUUUUUUUUUUUUCAUUUCAUUUCCUCUAAUAGACCUUUGCAAUAGGUAGAACUAGAGUUAAGCUGCCUUAGUAAUCUCUCUGAAAUAUCCUUUAUGUUUAGGAUUUGUCUGUUUUGGGUCAGUUGCAGAAGAAAGAAAAGUGAAAUGUUGGAGAGAAGACGGUGAGAGUGUUGUUUUCGACCUCAAUUGUUUUUGUGGGUUGUAAAUAUUAUCAAUUGAAGGCCUAGUUGCCCUUUUGAUUUCAAAAUAAUAUUUCCAUUUGAUGCUUAGAAUUCUGCAUGUGCCGUUGAGGACAGCAGUCUCAACCGAAAUAUCUUGUUUGGACCGGAAACACAACAUGACAGCGGAUCCAUCAUCCAUAUCGGGAUUGAGCACAACCGGGCUUCAGGGUUGGAACGACGUAGGGUCAUUGCCGAAACCUAUAAUUGUUUAAAAAUUGGGGGGCACAAUGCAAAUUUAUAUUUUCUUAA